CACACCAAGAACACACACUACAGAGACCAAGAACACACACACACAACACACAGUGAAGGGUGAGAGAUGACGAACAGUACUAUCGAUAGCGCUGAGGUUGUUCUUCCAAUGUCGUCGUCGUCAUCGUCUAAUUAUUCCCAAGUCUACUCACUUAUUACAAAACAUGUAUCUUACAGUUGUGGGUCCUGUGGAUACGAAUUAAACCUGAAUUCGUGCAACCGCGACAUAUCGGAACAAUACGAAAAGUCAAUAAAACGAGGGGUAAUUUCGUUCUAUUCGAUAGACGAGAGUAGGUUUACUGAGAUGAACAACAAAAUGAUGAGAUGGAGAUUGUGGUUUCUAUUUCAAGGAAGAUCAAGAACCAAGUUGCUCUGUAGAAACUGUGGGAGCUAUAUUGGUACUGUGUGCAAUAUAAAUAAUAAUAAUAAUUCUUCUUCUUUUUCAUCUGCAAUCAAGAACACUUCUGCAGUUACUUGGGAUGGGAUUUCUGCUCGUAGAACUUACGAGAUUAAAAUUCGCUCUUUGAGCCCGUUGGAUCGUUUCUGUUGAUCUGGAGAUUAUAAGAAAAAUGGGAUCUUUUUUGUGUUUUCGUAUGUAGACUGUGGUGUGUGUGUGCCAAGUGUGAAGAAAUAAGGAUUCAAGACCAUGUUAUGUUCUUGUGCAGGGGUGAAAUUUAGAAGGCUAUUUUCCAUCUAAUUUUUUUUGGAAUAAAUUUGUUCAUUUUCAAUUUUCAA